CACUCUUUUUCACCUUCGUACAGAAGUGCUUCCUUUAUCAAGAUGAAAACCAUUGUGAUAGCUAUGAUUUUGGGAUUAGCAGCAGCGCAAGAUCCAAAUUAUCACGCUCGUAACAAUUACCACGAAGAUAGACCAAGUCCUCCAACCGAUGAAAGAAGACCGUUAACGACAACACCUAUUCCAAUUUUACAUUGGAAUAAACAGCAAGAACAUGAUGGAACAUAUAAAACAAGUUACGAAACGGGAAACAAUAUUAUCGCGGAGGAGAGUGGUUACAUCAAGAAAGUAGGCGAAGGCGAGGAACAAGGAGAAGCGUUAGUCCAACAAGGAAGCUUCUCAUAUACGAGUCCUGAGGGGAAGCUGAUCACCAUCCAUUACACGGCCGAUGAGACUGGCUUUCACGCGACCGGAGAUCACAUUCCCACGCCACCGCCAGUCAGUGAAGAGAUUCAGAAAGGCCUCGACCUCAUCUUUGCGGGCAUUCGUCAGCAAGAGGAAGCAGAUGCACGUGAAGCAGCUCAAAAGACACAACAGCCAUUAAGUCAGCAAAUCGAUCGACAAAAUAAUUACGACAGAAAAUUUCGAAAAUGA